UACCAACUUUUAUCGAAAAAAGUCCACAUCUAACAGAAAGCAAAUUGGACCACAUUAUCUUCUAUGAUCUUCAUUUAAACCAAUCUUUCUGUGGUGUCGGCUAGGAACAAGAAAAGAAAGACAGUGGCGGCAGGAGAUGGGCGCAAGCAGCGAUCCCAACCCGGAGGGUUCUGACGAGCAGCAGAAGCGAUCCGAGAUAUAUACAUACGAGGCCCCCUGGCACAUCUACGCCAUGAACUGGAGCGUCCGCCGCGACAAGAAGUACCGCCUUGCUAUCGCCAGCCUGCUUGAGCAAUUCCCAAACCGGCUCGAGAUCGUCCAGCUGGACGACUCCAAUGGCGAGAUCCGUUCCGACCCGAAUCUAUCCUUCGACCACCCUUAUCCCCCUACCAAGACCAUCUUUAUUCCCGACAAGGAAUGUCAGAAACCCGACCUUCUCGCCACCUCCUCCGACUUCCUCCGGAUUUGGCGCAUCUCCGAUGACCAUUCACGCGUCGACCUUAAGUCCGUCCUUAACGGCAACAAGAACAGUGAGUUCUGCGGCCCUCUUACGUCCUUCGACUGGAACGAAGCGGAGCCCAAGCGCAUCGGCACUUCCUCCAUCGACACAACUUGCACUAUAUGGGAUAUAGAGCGGGAGACUGUGGACACCCAGCUUAUCGCCCAUGACAAGGAGGUUUAUGAUAUCGCCUGGGGCGGCGUUGGUGUUUUUGCUUCCGUCUCUGCUGAUGGUUCCGUUAGGGUUUUCGACUUGCGUGACAAAGAGCACUCCACCAUCAUUUAUGAGAGCUCGGAGCCCGAUACGCCUCUUGUCCGGUUGGGGUGGAACAAGCAGGACCCCAGGUACAUGGCCACCAUCAUUAUGGAUAGUUCCAAGGUGGUUGUUUUGGAUAUCCGCUUCCCAACACUGCCGGUGGUUGAGCUGCAGAGGCACCAUUCAAGCGUCAAUGCCAUUGCCUGGGCUCCCCACAGCUCCUGCCACAUUUGCACCGCGGGGGAUGAUGCCCAGGCCUUGAUUUGGGACCUGUCCUCCAUGGGUCAGCCUGUGGAGGGCGGGCUUGACCCCAUUCUUGCCUACACUGCUGGGGCUGAAAUCGAGCAGUUACAAUGGUCGUCUUCCCAGCCUGAUUGGGUUGCCAUUGCCUUCUCCACCAAGCUCCAGAUUCUCAGGUUGUGAGAGCAAAAGAGCUGCAGACUCUUUUAGAACGCUUGGGAAGCAGUGAUUUUUGUGGACCCUGAAAUGAAAUACAAGAACAAGAAGUCCACUUUUUUAUGUUUGUUUAUGCAACAUAAUCAUUGUUUUUAUGUUUU